UCUAUUUCUUAAUUAAAACCUCGUUUGCGCUCAGUGAAGAUAAUUAAUAUUCUAACCUGUUUAGUGAAUUAAGUUGUUAACUUUGUUCAUAAACUUUUCCAUCAGAUUCUUCAACUACUGCUGGAGAAGAUGUGCAUUGUGGCUCCCAAAGAUGUGUUUGGCAGGUGCCCACUGCAUGCCGCUGCAGAAAACGGUCACGUGACCUGUGUAGAGCAGCUCUGUGUUUCUGAACCUGGGCAUGUUAAUGACAGAGAUGAACGCGGGCUCACUCCUCUUCACCUGGCAGCACGUGGAAGCCACAGGAAAACGUGUAUUUUACUAUUGAGCAUGGGUGCGAACCCCAUUAUUCGAGACAGUAACCGCUGGACAGCACUGCACCAUUGUGCGGCUGGCGGAUGCAUCAGCACUGCUGAGAUUUUGCUCGUGAAUCACUCCAUGCGCCUGAUGGAAGCAGCUGAUCAAGAAGGCAACACUGCCCUUCACGUGGCUGCGAAAUACGGUCACGAGGGCAUUGUAGAGCUUAUUCUAUCACGUGGUGGUGACAUUAAAGCACGUAAUAAGAAGAGGUUGACGUGUUUGGAUGUAGCUAUUGAGUUUGGCAAGGAAAAGGUCGCCGAGGUUCUUAUCAAGAACGACAAAUGGAUGAACAUUCUUCAGUACACAGUGGACAGGAGAGCAAAUCCAAUGAAAAACCUGAUCCAGAGUAUGCCUAGACUUGCCGAGCUUGUUAUGGAUAGAUGCGUGACUCGCUCAGAUCAUCCAAGGGGUGACCCUGAGUAUUCCGUAACCUUUGACUUCAGUCUUCUUGUAAACCAGGGUAAAGAAGACGGAGAUCCGGGCCAACGGGAACGCUUCUUCGGUCCAGCUACUAUGGUCGAAUGUGAGCGGGAAAGACUCCUAACGCACCCAUUGUCUCAAGCUCUCCUUCAUUGGAAGUGGUCAACCUUAGGCAAGCCUUUGUUCUGGUUAAACUUUCUGACAUACAUCUCGUUUGUUAUCCUGCUGACUGUAUUCGCGGUGACAGAAAGAGUCAAGCAGCGUUUGCUAACUCCCGGCGCGUCAAACGCCACGGAGGAAGACGACAAAAUCUUCAACUUCAGAACCAAGUUUUCAACUGGAACCCCUAUUUUGAUCGUGAUCUUCAUCUGCAUUCACAUGAUCAAAGAACUGUACCAAAUUACAGUUCAAAAGUGGAGAUAUUUUACUCACUUCACGAAUUACACAGAAUGGUGUUGUUACCUCACUGCACUGUGCUACGUCGCGCCUUACUUGAAGGGAGAGAACAUUUUUCGGAAGACAAUGGCGUUGUGGCCCCUUGCAACGACAGUGAUUUUGCUGUCCUAUACGAAUCUGAUUUUGUUCCUGCGACGUUUCACGUACUUUGGCAUCUACAUUUUGAUGUUCAUUGAAGUAACUAAAACCCUGUUUAGAGUGCUAAACAUAUUUAUUCCGAUGAUAUUUGCCUUCUCCUUGGCCUUUUUUCUGCUACUUAAAGAACAGUCUUUUUUCAGCAGUCUGCCGUGGUCUUUUUUCAAGACAUUUAUAAUGAUGAUAGGCGAGAUUGACUACGGCUCCAUCAUAGUCGAGGCCAAGGACCAGAACAACGAGGAGACUGGGGCCCCUCUUGCUCCUAUCCCAGGGUUCUCUGCGGCUAUCAUCUGCUUGUUCUGUGUGAUGGUUUCCGUUAUACUCAUGAAUCUGUUGGUGGGUUUGGCGGUUGGAGAUAUUGAUAGCAUUCAGCGCAACGCCAACUUAAGGAGACUAGCCAUGCAGGUUGAAUUUGUGGCUGAUAUUGAUCAGCGGUUCCCACUUUGGUUGAGGAGGCAUUUCCAGAAAUCAGAAUUGGUAGUGAAACCACACCAAAAGAACUAUUUGAUGUUCAUGCGCCGAAUACAACUUAAGCUGUUUCCAACAAAAAAUAUUGUAACCGAUGAACGUGGCGAUGACGAAGGCGAAGAAGACGAAGGGAGAAACAACGAGAUGUCCAUUGAGCUUGCCAAGCAACGAGGCCAGAUCAGACGUCUCCAGAAGACUGUAGAUGAUCAGUCCAGACUCCUUCAGGAAAUCUCUCAUCAGCUGAAACAAACCGCGCGAUUACUGGGCACUGCCGAGGGCUCGGUCCAAGAGACUACUCUCUAAUUACAAAAACGCGACCUAACGCAUUCAGGGCUCACCUUAAUUAACUGCGAAAAUUCCCUAUAACAAGUCUCAACCGUCCUUAUCUUAAUCAACCUUGUGUUUCAUUUAAUUAGUGUGUUACUGGCUUCCUACACAGCGGGAAGUCGCCCUCUUUUCACGUCACGACAUAAAGAACCUGAGCCAUAGAAAUCUCGAGCUCAUAGUGUAAUUGUUUUAGUAUAAAUUUACAAGUCGUUCAAAAAUAUAUCUAAGCUCUCUUCGCAGACAUUUUGAAAACGUAGAGAAGCGGCCGUCAUUUUGUUAACAAGCGCACACGGCUUUGCCACUCACUAUCCACAACACCACAACAGGCAAUUGGCUUCCCUGGGCUUCCUUGCCUUAUAGAUUGAUAUUUUGUAAAUAUAUUUAUAAAUG